AUGAGCGAAGCUACUUCUGAACCCACUGUGGAAACUCAUCGAUUCCAAACCGAAGCGAAACAGCUGCUGAAGCUGAUGAUUCACUCGCUGUAUUCCAAUCGCGAAAUAUUUUUACGCGAGCUGAUCUCCAAUGCCUCAGAUGCCAUUGAUAAGCUGAGAUUCAAAGCGUUAGAAAAUCCCGAAUUACUGGGUGACGAUGCUGAUUACCAUAUCGACAUCACCUUUGAUAAAGACGCCAAGACGCUCACGAUUACCGACAAUGGCAUCGGCAUGACCUAUGAAGAGGUGAUUACCAACCUCGGCACAAUUGCCAAAUCGGGCACCGCCGAGUUUCUGUCACAUCUGACGGGGGACCAGGCCAAAGACGCCCAGCUCAUCGGCCAGUUUGGUGUCGGAUUUUACAGCGCCUUCAUGGUGGCUGAUGAAGUCGAGGUUGCUACCCUGGGAGCAGGCGCUGAUCAGGGUGUGUUGUGGCGUUCAGCCGGUGAAGACGCGUACGAUAUUGAGAAAAUUGAGCGCGCCCAGCGCGGCACAUCCGUCACGCUGCAUUUAAAGGAUGACGCGCUGGAUUUUGCUGAAGACUAUCGAUUGCGUUCAGUGGUACGGCGCUAUUCUGACCAUAUUGGUGUGCCUGUGCGCAUGCUGGAACAGCUAUCGGCAGAAACUGAUGACGCCCAGGACGCUGAAGAAAAAGUAGCCGCCUUUGAAGCGGUUAACUCAGCUCAGGCGUUAUGGACGCGGCCUCGCAGCGAAGUUUCUGACGAAGAAUAUACUGAGUUCUAUAAACACGUUUCCCAUGACUUUGAAGACCCGCUCUCCUGGAGCCACAAUAAAGUUGAGGGCAAACUGGAAUACAACAGCCUGCUGUAUAUACCCAAGCGUGCGCCUUUUGAUCUGUAUCAGCGCGAUAUUCCGCGGGGUCUGAAACUCUACGUUCAACGUGUCUUUAUCAUGGAUGAUGCAGAGCAAUUUCUGCCGCUCUAUUUACGCUUCGUUAAAGGGGUUAUAGAUUCAAAUGAUCUGCCCCUGAAUGUCUCCCGCGAGAUACUGCAGGAAGAUGACCGGGUCACUUCAAUUAAAAACGCUUUGACCAAACGUGUGCUCAACAUGCUGGACACCAUGGCCAAAAAGGAACCGGAAAAAUACCAGACUUUCUGGGACGAAUUUGGCGAAGUGUUGAAAGAAGGGGCAGGGGAAGACUUUGCUAAUCGGGAAGCAUUGGCCAAACUGCUGAGAUUCGCCAGCACAAAAGGUGAGGGUGCUAACAAGAUGGUCAGCCUGGAUACCUAUCUCGAGCGCAAAAGCGAAGAACAGGAUGUGAUCUAUUACAUCUGUUCUGAAACCUACGAAACCGCCAGUCGCAGCCCGCACCUGGAAAUGUUUAAAGACCGCGACAUCGAAGUGUUGCUGAUGUUUGACCGCAUUGAUGAGUGGUUGAUGAGUUCGCUGACGCAAUACGGCGACGUCCAGUUUGUUGAUGUGAUGCGCGGCGAUGUGAGCUUGCCUGGCGAAGACAAAAAUGCCAGUGAAGACGAUGACAAAAACGAAGAAGAAGACGAGAAGCAUCCGCUAGUUGAACGCAUCGCAGCUGUUCUAGGUGACAAGGUUGACAAAGUCAGGCCUUCUAAAAGAUUGACCCAGUCUCCUGCCUGCCUGGUACUUUCCGAGGACGCCAUGGGUGUGCAGAUGCGCAAAAUCCUUGAAGCCAGCGGACAGUCUAUGCCUGAAUCUAAACCGAUUUUUGAGUUCAACCCGAACCAUCUGUUACUGCAGCGUUUGGACAAGGAGCCUGAUGAAGAUCGUUUUGCCGAGCUGGUUGGCAUUCUAUUUGAUCAGGCCAGUCUUGCUGAAGGCGGCGCGCUUACCGAUCCGGGCGCAUACGCGGUGCACGGGCUGUUUCAAAGCAACCCCUUGAGUUACGGGCAUGGUACAGACAAUGCCUGGGACGAAGCGGUUGCUUUGGUGCUGACGGUCACAGGCCUGCAAGAUGACGAAUCUGUGCUGAAUACACAGGUGCCGGCUUCACAGGCUUCCCAUUGCUUAGCGGUUGCACAAUUACGUAUUGAUAGGCGUGUGCCUCUGGCCUACAUAUUGGGUCAGACCCAAUACGCAGGUUAUACAUUUAAAGCAGAGGAGGGCGUGAUCGUGCCACGCUCCCCGAUCGGCCUGUUACUCAGCGAUGGUCUGCAGCCCUGGCUACCCUCGUCCGUCAAAUCAAUACUUGAUCUGUGCUGCGGUAGUGGCGUUCUGGGGAUUGUUGCAGCACAUAUCUUCCCGCACGCCAAAGUGACACUCGUUGAUGUGGACCCUCAAGCAUUGCACCUUACAAAAACCAACGUCGCCGAACAUAACCUGGCUGAACGUAUUGAGGUCAUCGAGGCAGAUGUCCUCAAGCAGGGGGCGUUCAUGCAGAAGUUUGAUCUCAUCAUCACCAAUCCGCCUUAUGUUGAUGCGCUGGACAUGUCGAGUCUGCCUGCUGAAUAUGCAGCUGAGCCGGAACUGGCGCUGGCCGGCGGUGCAGACGGUCUUGUUUUCAUUGACGCGAUUAUUGAAAAACUGCCGCUGUGGCUGAAGACUACGGGGCUUCUGGUUGCUGAGGUAGGCGCCAGCGCACCAGCGCUAAUACAGAAAUAUCCACACCUGCCGCUUAUCUGGCUGGAUCUGCCGAUGGGUGGAGAAGGUGUUUUUCAUUUUACGGUCUCCACAUUUGGCGAAAGCCACGGCCUGGCCCUGGGCGCUGUGGUUGAUGGGUGUCCUCCAGGACUGGAACUGAGCGAGGCGGAUCUGCAGCCGGAUCUGGACCGACGCCGGCCCGGCCAAUCCAAAUAUACAACCCAACGCAAAGAAUCUGAUCAGGUCAAGAUACUUUCAGGCGUUUUCGAAGGCAAAACAACCGGCACGUCUAUUGGCUUGUUAAUUGAAAAUGAAGACCAGAAAAGCAAAGAUUACAGCAACAUCAAAGAUAUCUUUCGCCCGGCUCAUGCCGACUUUACUUACGAUGGUAAAUACGGCAUUCGUGAUUACCGGGGCGGAGGCCGCUCUUCAGCAAGAGAAACAGCCAUGCGCGUGGCGGCAGGCGCCAUCGCUAAAAAAUAUCUUGCCCAACAGGCGGGUAUAAAAAUAUUCGGCUUCCUGUCUGGUAUUGGUGACAUCAGAAUCCAGUUGAAAGACGCCAGUCAAAUUGAGCAGAACCCAUUCUUCUGCCCUGACGUUGCAGUGCUGGAUGAUAUUGCCGCCCUGAUUGACAGCUUGCGCCGUUCAGGCGAUUCCGUGGGUGCUGAAGUCAGCGUGCACGCCACCGGUGUGCCGGUUGGUCUGGGUGAGCCGGUAUUCGGUAAACUUGAUGCGGACCUGGCUGGUGCAUUGAUGAGCAUAAAUGCCGUAAAGGCAGUCCAGAUGGGUGAUGGUGUCGAUGUUGUGGCGCAACGCGGCACUGAACACCGCGAUGAGAUAACCCCGGACGGUUUCACCAGCAACCACGCUGGCGGUGUGCUGGGCGGCAUUUCCUCCGGACAGGAUCUGAUCUGCAAAAUCUCGCUGAAACCAACCAGCAGUCUAACGACACCGGGUCGUUCAAUUGAUACCAGUGGCAAUCCCGUAGAAGUUGUCACCAAGGGUCGUCACGAUCCCUGUGUGGGCAUUCGUGCGACACCUAUAGCCGAGGCCAUGAUGGCCAUCGUGCUGAUGGACCAUUAUCUGCGCCACCGAGGCCAGAUAGGUGGGUUCAAAACCGUUUAG